AUGCUUGGCUCUGCAUCCACUCCGAUACCAAUUCCCUCAACGAACGCCCUUGCUGCUGGCUUGAACAAGUUCAACUCGUCCGAGCCCCAAGCUCAGCAAGGCACGACAGCGCCGGGCGGUGCGACUGGCAAUGGCAAUGGCAAUGGCACCUCGACCGAUACUCAACUUCUCGAGGCCAUCUUGCUCGAGUUGAGAAACGUCAAGCUCAACCAGGCACAAUUCGAACACAAGGUCAGUGCACCAUCCUCGUCCGUCGUCCACCUCUCCAGCGUCUGACACGGACUGAACCGACACCGAAUCUCGAUCGAUUGCUGACCCACGUUCUCCCACGUUCCGCCUCGCCUCGCCUCCCCGCCCCCACAUGACCUUAUCCAUCGCGCUCUCUCUCGCUCCAAACACGCCAGCUCGAAGCACUCGCGCUCGCACCUGCCUCGCCCUUUUCGUUGCAAACUCUCUCCAACACCCAGUCCCCACCUUCCUUGUCCCACACACCACCCCUCGAGUCGACUUCGCCCUUGUCGCUCGCCCCUAUCUACGUCUCGGCACCGCUCAACCCAACCGCCUCGCCUUCUCUCCCAGCGCGCAAUGUCCCCGCUUCGUCCCCUUACUCGCAGCGCGUCAUACUCACCACCUACCCAAACCAAGUGGGGAUCUCCCCUGUGCCUUUGAAGUGGGGUGCUCCCUCGGCCAUGGAACGUGGGCCCGUCAUUGCAUCCCGUCACGCUCUGUCCAUCAAGAAGAGGAAUGCGAUUGGCGCGUAUGCGGGGUCGUAUAGCGUUUACCGCGCGCUCGCGUGCGCCCAGGGCUUGAUUGAUCCCAAUCACCGACCAGGUGGGUUUCUGCCACGGCUUCCAAGAGCGCUUGAUCAUGAACUUAUGACCAGGAAUGUGGGGUGCGUCAACUCACAGACUACACCAACACCGAGCCCCCGAUUGACAUCAAGUGGAACCCUUCGUGGGACGACAAAUCCAAGAUCGUCUCCAUCGAUCCGUACGGCCAUCUUGCCCCACAGGUUUUCAAGUCGUACUUUGAUGCUGGACUCGACAUCCGUCCUACGAUUUCCAUCACCAAAGCCCACAUCAAGUUGCUCGACAUGGACGAGGCCGUCCGCUCGGGAGCUUUGGAAGUCGAUGGCAAGAUCGUCGUCAAGACCCCGACGGAAUGGAUCAAUGCGAAUCGAGCGGCCUCGACGGCGGCCAAGACCAAGAGGGACGAGCAUGACAUUGCGGCUCAACACAUCGAGCAUGCCGCUUUCGACGCAGGCGUCGAGUUGAACGUCAACAAGGCGGCGCUCGAACCGGUCUGGUACCUCCCAGGUAUGUUGGGAAUUGCAUGUGUCGCUGGUGCAGCGAACCUGACAGACAUGUGAAUUCGGUCGUUCCUUACAGGUAUCGCGCAAAGAUUCGGGAUCACUGAAGGAGCGCUUCGUCGCUCCUUAUUCGAGGACACUGGAGGUGAGUACACGGCAAGAGUGCACGGAGAAGCUCAUUCAAGCUCAUGCAAGAGUUCCCUCCACUAGGCGCCUUCCCCGAACUCAUGACUCGUCCCGAUCUCAAAGUCUUCUUGCCUCCCAUCGGGGGGAUGACGGUCUACAUCGUAAGUGGACGCAUGAACGACCCCACCUAAGCUCUUGAUCUGAGCAACAGUUGUCCUUGCGCAGUUCGGACCUGUGGAAUACAUCUCCGAUGAAUCGAAAGAGUUGACUUUGCGGGUCCACGACGAAUGCUCGGGGAGUGACGUCUUUGGAUCCGACAUUUGCACCUGUCGACCCUACCUCAUCUAUGGGCUGCAGGAAUCAAUCCGAUGUGCGCAGCGUGGAGGGGUGGGCAUCGUCAUUUACUUCAGGAAGGAAGGCAGGGCGUUGGGAGAGGUGACCAAAUACCUCGUUUACAACGCGAGGAAACGAGGGGGCGAUAAUGCUGCGCACUACUUCAAGCGUACUGAGGAUGUCAGUAUAAAGCAGGUGGAUUCGCCAGUGAUAGGUCUGCAGCUGACCAACUUUGGGGUGUGCUAAAAGAUUGCUGGUGUCAAGGACAUGCGCUUCCAAGCGCUGAUGCCGGACGUGUUGCACUGGCUCGGCGUCAAGAAGAUUGACAACAUGAUCAGCAUGUCCGAUCUCAAGUAUAACGGUCAGUACUGUAUCCCAUCCAUGUGACGUUGUACGUCGAAUCGCAGCACCUGACCCGCUUCGAUUUUUGUAUACCCCGCAUCAGCCAUCGUCGAGUCAGGUAUCCCGAUCCACAAGAGGUACGAGAUCCCCGAAGACCUCAUCCCACCCGAUUCGAGGGUCGAAAUCGAUGCCAAGAUUGCCGCGGGGUACUUCUCGACGACUUCGGUCACCAACCUCGAGGCGACCGCUGGUCGAUUGUGGGAGGAGGUACAGCACUGA